AUGGCGAAAAAGAAGUCGGGCACCAACGCGCUGCUGCCGGAAUUGACGGUGAACAGGCGAUACAUUAAAAAAAUGAAGUUCAUCGUGAAGCGGAGGGAGGCGGCGGCAGCGGCGGCGCGGCGGGGCAAAGCCGGCGAAAAGAAGAAGAAGAAGAAGAAGGGGGGAGCGAGGAAUAAGGCGGGCGAAGUGGCAAAAAGAAGCGGGAGGGGGAAGCAGUCACACCAUUCGGCGGCAAAGAAGUCGCCCGGCGUCUCGGCAAAGAAGAAAAAGGCGGCUGCCAACGGCAGUCCGGCCAAAAAUAGGCGGAGGAACAUCAACGAUGCAAAGAGCGGCGCGGCGUCACAGCAGCAGAAACAGCUGUCGCGGGAGGAAAUAGAGCAGCAGAUGAUCGCACGGGCGAUUCGCGGGGACGAAGGCACACGCAACGCCUCGUUGUCCGCUGGUGAUUUGGGCGGCGUGGAUGUAGACGACCUCGUGCAGUACCCCUACCUUCCAUUUCUUGAAGACUACGCUGAGCAGAAGCGCAGCGAAGUCGUCUCCGCCGAAACCCUCCUGAGCAACGCCCAUGCGUACUUUAAGGAUCUUGGAAGGAAAGAAUCAGCGAUGCGACGCGCCGCGGCGAGGCGUCUGAAGGAAUUGAAGAACAUCAACCGGCGCGGUGGCGACAAGGACGGCUUCCGCUACGUUGUACCGCGGAACGUGAAGGAGGUUGUGAGGCAGAUGAUGCAGAACGCUGAGGGGGCAGAUGCGUCGGGUGUUGAUAAAACUCAGUUGACAUCCACAUUUGGGGGAGAUGAGGCACAAGAUACAUUUGAGCGACCCAUGCACCGCAAACGGCGCAAGAAUAGCUGCUACUCGGACUUCUAUCAGUUCCAGGUGAGCAAGCGUUGGACGCGCAAUGCGGAGAGCUUCCUGAGCAGGGGACGUGCCUACAAGUCGAUGGUUGAGGCUUCGCGGCCCCAGCGCUCUAUCAAGAAGUUUUAA